UCUUACUUUUUUUUGUUUGUUUGAUUUAUUUUGUUUUCGACUUUUUUUCUUCAUCGUUCAUCGUGUUUCGAAAUUCAGAACAUUUUGUGAUCAAAUAAAAACAAAAAUUCUCAUAAUCAAUACAAUAAUAAUAAUAAUAAUGAUGAUAAUAAUUGAAUGGAUGAAUGUUUUUGCUUGAAUAGGCGAAUUUUAAUAUGGAUAAUUUAAAGCUAAUAAUAUGUGGUUUCAAAGAUGGCCUUUAUGAUUCAAUAUUCUUUGGUAUCUAUGUGAUAACAACCGUACUGACACAACAACAUCAAAGUCCAAAAUCAACUAAUGUUCUUAAACGUAUACGACAAUGUUGCCUACUUGGUGGCCUUUUAAUGUUUUCUAUGAUGAUUUUUAAUUAUUUUUUAAUACUAUUAAAUAUGGCUGUUACAUUUAUAUUUGGUUCACAAGAACAACAUGGUGCAACAUGGUCAUGGCUUGAAUCAACAUUGUCCACACUUUUUUCGGCAUUAUGGGUUUUACCAUUAAUAUUUAUAAGUCGUAUAGUGACUGCCUUAUGGUUUCAAGAUAUAGCCGAUAUUUCAUUCAGAGGCAGACCACAAGCUUUCAAAAGCAUUUCAAAAUUAAUCGCUGAUACAUUGUUCAGCAUGUUGAUACAGAUUUUAUUUUUGAUACAGGCCAAUCUAUUCUAUUUUUUUCCGAUUGGAUUUAUCGGUCAAAUUCUGAGUAUUCUACAUACAAGCCUUUUAUACUCACUUUAUUCAUUCGAAUAUAAAUGGUUCAAUAUGGGCUGGGAAUUAUAUAAACGACUUCAUUAUAUUGAACGAAUGUGGCCAUAUUUUUUUGGAUUUGGACUUCCAUUAGCUUUAGUCACACAUUCACUUCCAAAUUAUUAUCUAAACACCGCAUGUUUUGCAUUCUUGUUUCCAUUAUUCAUUCUAAGUGCGAAUGAAACACAUCUUGACCUUAAAAAAAGUGAUCAUAAAAUACCAUUCUUUUCUGGUGUUGUUUGGAUUUCCAACAAAUUAAUGAUAGUCCUCCCAUAAUAAUCUAUACACACCGACACUGGUACACACACAAAAUCACAAAAAAAAAUCGGAACUGAUUGACUCAUUGACCAUUGAUGGAUUCCAACAACAAAAAAAAAAAAAAAGAUUUAAUUUUGUCAUUUUCUUUAUUUACAUUUCUAUCUGUAUAUAUGUGUGUGUGUGUGUGUUUGCAUGUGUGAAUCAUCAAAUGUUUCUCAAAAGAAUUUUAUAUAUUCUGUAAGUGUUAUAUUUUGUUAUGUAAACUGCUGCGAAUUAUAACAAAUAACUGUGCAUAAUAUAAUUAAUAAUUAUAAUAUUUAAAUCUUGAUAGGCAACAUUUCAACGACGAUAUCUAAUAAUUUAAUCCAUCCAUCCAUCAGUUGUUGUUGUUGUUGGUCAUCAUGCAAAUAAUGAACGUUUUUUUUGAUUU